GCGGGCGCGGGCCUGCCCGAGCGUCCCGCCGGCCCGAUGCAGCGCACGGAGAAGGUGCUGCAGCUGCGGGGCCUACAGGGCCGCUCGGUGCGCAUCGUGCGGGAGCAUUACCUGCGUCCCGACGUGCCCUGCCGCAGCGCGCUGUGCCAGGCCGCCUGCCCCCGCGAUGGGAAAUUGUUGUCAGAUGAUGUGACUCAUUAUGUUGUCCCUGACUGGAAGAUUGUUCAAGAUUACCUUGAGAUUCUUGAGUUUCCAGAGCUGAAGGGUAUUAUCUUCAUGCAAACGGCAUGUCAAGCUGUGCAGCAUCAAAGGGGUCGCAGACAGUACAACAAAUUGCGAAAUCUAGUGAAGGAUGCCCGUCAUGACUGUAUUCUGUUUGCUAAUGAAUUCCAGCAGUAUUGUUAUUUGCCAAGAGAGAGGGGAGAAUCAAUGGAGAAAUGGCAGACCAGGAGUAUUUACAAUGCAGCAGUAUGGUAUUAUAAUCACUGCUUGGGUCAGCUGCCGGUUGUUAUGGUAACAGAAGAUGAAGAUGCUAUCAGAGAAUAUGGAGGUGAAACGGAAGGAGUGUUUGUGAUUUCAUUCAAGAAUUACUUGGAUAAUUUUUGGCCUGACUUAAAAGCUGUCCAUGAACUCUGCGAUUCUAUACUUCAAUCUCGGCGUGAACGAGAGUGUGAAAGCCAAGAAAACAAUGGGAAGGAAUACCCUGAACAUCUUCCUGUGGAAGUAUUGGAGGCUGGGAUCAAAUCUGGACGAUAUAUACAGGGUGUCCUGAAUGUCAAUAAGCACAGAGCACAAAUGGAAGCUUUUGUUCGACUUCAAGGAGCCAGUGGUAAAGAAACAGAUCUCCAAAGUGAUAUACUUAUUCAUGGUACCAAAGCUCGGAACCGUGCAAUCCAUGGUGAUGUAGUAGCUGUAGAGUUGUUACUCCAGCAUGAAUGGAAAGGAAGAACUGCUUCCCUUUGUGAGAAUGAUACUGAAGAAAAGGCACCAGGUGACACCUCCAGUGAACCUAUGCCCACAGGUAGAGUUGUUGGAAUCAUUCAGAAGAACUGGCGAGAUUAUGUGGUCACUUUUCCAUCCAAAGAAGAGAGUCAGUCUCAGGGUAAAAAUGCCCAGAAAAUCCUUGUUACACCUUGGGAUUACAGAAUUCCGAAAAUCAGGAUCAGUACACAGCAGGCUGAGGCACUACAGGACUGUAGAGUUAUUGUGCGUAUUGAUUCCUGGGAGUCAACAUCUGUGUAUCCAAAUGGACAUUUUGUACGAGUUUUAGGACGGAUAGGAGAUCUCGAAGGGGAAACUGCAGUUAUUCUAGUGGAGAACAGCAUUUCUGUUGCCCCUUUCUCAGAAGUCCAGAUGUGUGAGAUGCCUUCCAGUACCUCAGAGAACCCAUGGAAGGUGAAUCCAGAGGAGGAACCAAAACGCAUAGACUUGAGGAAUACGCAUUUGGUAUUCAGCAUUGACCCCAAAGGCUGUGAAGAUGUGGAUGAUGCACUGUCUAUUAGAACAUUAGCCAAUGGGAACCUCGAGCUAGGUGUCCACAUUGCAGAUGUAACCCAUUUUGUGGCAGUAAAUUCUUACACUGACAUUGAGGCCAGAGCAAGGGCAACAACCUGUUAUUUAGCUGAUCGUCGUUAUGAUAUGCUGCCUUCCAUCCUGAGUGCUGACUUGUGCUCUCUUCUUAGCAGAGUUGAAAGGUAUGCUGUCAGUGUCAUGUGGGAGCUAGAUAAAAAUUCCUAUGAAAUCCUGAGAGUCUGGUACAACAGAACCAUCAUUCAGUCUUCAUACAAACUGGUCUACGAGGUAGCUCAGGGAUUAUUAGAUGGUGACCUAAGUGUUGUUGAUGAUAUCCUAGAACUCAAAGAACUGGAUGAGAGAACUAGACAACAGAAGCUGGAAGAACUGGUGUGGGCAAUAGGAAAACUGACUGAUAUAGCUCGACGUGUUCGGGCUAAGCGUGACAGCUGUGGCGCUCUAGAGCUGGAAGGAGUAGAAAUAAGAGUGCAGCUGGAUGAUAAAAAGAACAUUCAUGAUCUCAUCCCUAAACAGCCGCUGGAGGUGCAUGAGACUGUUGCUGAAUGUAUGAUCCUUGCUAACCACUGGGUGGCAAAGAUGAUUUGGGAGAACUUUCCUCACCAUGCUUUGCUGCGCCAACACCCUCCACCACGACAAGAGUUUUUUUCUGAGCUCCGAGAAUGCGCAAGUGCCAAAGGCUUUUCCAUAGACACAUGGUCUAAUAAAGCACUGGCUGAUUCUCUGAGUAAAGCAGAUGAUCCCUUAGAUCCAACUGUGAAUAAAUUACUGCGGUCCAUGGCUACUCAGGCGAUGUCUAAUGCACUGUACUUCUCGACUGGCUCGUGCCCCGAAGAAGAGUUCCAUCAUUAUGGACUUGCCCUAGAUAAAUAUACGCAUUUUACUUCUCCAAUUAGAAGAUAUGCUGAUAUUGUCGUCCACAGACUGCUAAUGGCUGCCACUUUAAAAGAUACUAAAGUAGAUGUUACGGCUAAUUUGUUCAGCAACAAAGAUCUUGAGGAAUUGUGUAGACACAUCAACAACAGAAACAGGGCUGCACAACAUGCCCAGAAACAGUCUACGGAGCUUUUCCAGUGUAUGUAUUUUAAAGACAAAGUCUCUGACACAGAUGAGCGCUGUACAGAAGAUGGUGUUAUUUACUCCAUUCGAACAAAUGGGGUACUUGUUUUUGUACCAAGGUAUGGCAUUAAAGGUGCUGCUUAUCUGAAAAACAAGGAGGGUUUGGUCAUCUCCUGUCAGUCUGAUGGCAGUUGUGUAUGGAAACCUGGUUCUCUUCAGCGUUUUCAGAACAGAAUUACUUCUACAACAGUUGCUGGAGAAUCUGUUACAUUGAGUCUGUUUGACCAUAUAACAGUAAGUCUUAAUAAAUUCUCUAAUGGUAGCACUGGAGCACAAAUGAGGGGAAAAAUAACAUUGUGUACUUUUGUUUCUAAGGUAAAAAUAUCUGUGCAGAGUUCACGCUGCCAUCCUGACACCAUCAAGCUUGAAAUAAUUAGCAACAUACCUUACAAGAAUACAGCCACAGAGCUUUACCAGAAGAAUUCCCACAUAUUGAAAGCUGACUUAGUAAAAGAAGUAACCAGAUCUGCAGAGGAAGCUCAACUUGCCCAAGAAAAAAAAAACAUUGAAGUAAUUCAGGAAGAAUAUCAGGAGUAUUGCCAAACAAAGGGAGUUAGCUUGUACCAACUGCUUGAGGAAAUUAGGGACUUAGCUCUACUGGAUGUAUCAGCUGGUAACUGAGCAUGAACUAGUAUUUGGUGCUGCUCUACUUAAGCAGCUUUGCACUAUUUUAAAUCUUGUUAGGUGAUAAACCAUUUUUAAUGUUUUCUGCUUUUGCUAAUUUGAACUGUACCUCAACUAAAAUUUAACACUGAUUUUUAGAGUGAAACAGGCCUAACUGAUUUAAGAUGUUUUAUACCUGGUUAACUACUGUAUUCUCACUGAAAGACUAAAGAUUGUAUUGUGGUAAACUACUUAAGAUGUCUUUUUUAAAAAUCUGAUCUUGAUCAAAAAAAUAGGUGACUGGACAUGUUUUUUUCUAAACUAGAUUCUUGUAGAGAACGUAAAUAUAUUUGCAUAACCAAUACUGCACUGAUGUAGCCAGAACACCACUAAUCUUGCCCCUUCAGUUUUUAUCAAAUUAAUUCAACUUUAAUUCAACAGCUCUAUUUACAUUAAACCUGAAU